CGGCUGUGGGGGCCUCAGGGAGCCCAUGGGCUGGGUGGGAGGAGCCGGUGGUGGCGGCAGGUUAGGCCCCUACCAUUGCCGUGGGCGGGGCUUCCAGGGGCGAGGCCGGAGAUGCUGCGCGGAACCGGAGCUGGCAAAGGGAGCGAAGAGGGACAGGGACGCUCAGGCGUGCAGUCACCGAUACCCAAAGCAGCUGUGUCUGGGCAGGGCAAGGAGGAGCCUGAAUGCCUCUGCUGGGGACCUUGGGGGGCAUUGGGACAAGGCCCGGAGCAGAAGGCCAGGUGGGCUGCGACUGAAGCUGCGCUGGCCGGUCACGAGCGGAAGCCAUGGAGAGUGGGGCCGCCCCUGCCCCGCCUUCCCCCAACCCCCCCGGCGAUUUGCUGUCCACGCGUCCCUCCGGCGCGCGAGUCUGGGAAUGCCGGGCUGGGGCUGGUUGACUCGUCCGGGCGUUCCCGUUCUCGGGGAGGUAAUUUGCACCCGGAAUCACCUACUGAGAGCCCUUCCAACUGGAUUGCAGACCCGCCCGCUCCGGGCCCACCUUCUCCCUCACCAGGGCCUUUCCGGGCGCAGCCCGGCCCGGCCUGGAAAAACUCCGAGCGGGAUUCCCACGCAGGGACGACCACCGGAGCGCAGCGUCUUAGGCUAGAUAAGAAGGGGACUGGGCCUUGCUCCUUCCCCGACCCUGGGGAAACACAGAGAAGGGGAAGGAUUCGGGGAGCCUGGAGGAGCACUGGAUCGCGAGAACGCACCCGUCGCCAGGUCCCUUGCGUCCACUGCCCAGGCGACGCAAGCUACAGGGGCGUCAACGCCUGGGUCGGCGCUGAGGGCCUGGGCCGGCGCUGAGGGCCUGGGCCUGCUCGCUUCCCGCCCCCAGAUAGAGGGCAGCCCUUCGCCUACCUUCUCCUCCCCGUGGGAUG